AAGAGAUUCAAAGACAAAGCUUUGGAGCUCAGAGAAUCCGUUACGUGGAGUGGCGCCACUGUUGGCAGCUGUUCAUAAGGUUCAGGUCUCCACCAAACGUUUGACUGCGUUGCAUCCGGAUUGUCUUCAGCUGUGUUUGCUGGCGAAGUGCUCUAAAGCUGGUUUCUCCGUUCUUAGUGAUGAUGAUAUCUUGGAGGUUUACCAGCCUAGAGAUUUUUAUCUCCAUUGCUAUUAUGGGGGAAUGAUAUGCAUUGGGUUGAAGAGAUUCCAGAAAGCAUUGGAGCUUCUUUACAAUGUUGUCACUGCUCCAAUGCAUGUUGUCAACGCCAUAGCUCUCGAGGCGUACAAAAAGUAUAUACUGGUGACUCUCAUUCACUCUGGACAGUUUAGCAUCAGUCCCCCCAAGUGCGCUUCUACAACAGCUAAGAAUAGCUUCAAAACCUGGUCUACACCUUACAUUGAUGUGGGUAUGCGUUACAACGACGGGAAGAUCAGUGAACUAGAGGCAGUGGUUGUGGCCAACAGCUCAGAUUUUGAAAAGGACAAGAACCUUGGAUUAGUUAAGCAAGCAGUUUCAUCUCUUUACAAGCGGAAUCAGAAGUACUGGACCUUGUCGCUUCAAGAUAUAGCCAACAUGGUCCAACUUGCUAAUGCUAAGGAGGCGGAAAUGAUCCAGGAUGGUCAGAUACAUGCCCUUAUCAACCAGAAAGAUGGAAUGGUCAGAUUCUUAGAGGACCCUGAGCAGUACAAAACCAGUGAGAUGAUAGAGAUCAUGGAUUCUGUCAUUCAAAGAACUAUUGGGGUGUCGAAGAACCUCAUAGCCAUGGAUGAGAGCUUGUCAUGUGAUCCUUUAUACUUGGGAAAGGUUGGAAGGGAAAGACAAAGGUAUGACUUUGGAGACGAUUUUGAUACUGUCCCUCAGAAGUUCUCCAUGUAAACCUGAAGGAACUAAACUUGGCUCAGAGAGAACCGUAGUUGUGAAUCUGGACAACGUUUCUUUGUUCUUCUGUGUUGGUUAUGAAGUUUAAUAUUAUUUUUUUCUCACAAUGGCCAACAAGUAGAGAACAUUUGAACCGCCGCUAAUCUUUGUCAUUACUUAAA